AUGAGGGCGCUUUGUGAUGACUUGAGGGUCCAUUGCAGAGGGUGGAGCUAUGCUACGAGGGCGUCGUUGGUUGAGACCACAGCUGAGAUUGAGGAGGAUAUCCGAGCACAGGUUGUGACGGUUAGUCCAGCGGUCCAACCGAGGAAGGCUCAGCAUCAUGGAGGUUAUGGCAAUGGCGACAAGCUUGUGCAGGAACACAAGAGGACAUGGAAGGCUACGCAGUGGCCGAGUGGUGCGGGAUGCUACGAAUGCAGUAGCAUGGAUUACAAGGUGGCUAGCUGUCUUCGGAGAAGUACUUCGAUGGCAGCUCAGACGGUCUUUCGUUUAGGUCCUACGUCAUGUUUGAUUCUGGAUCAACCCAUUGCUUCAUUACUCUGGUGUGCGCCGAAAGCGCCAAUAUCAGAGGAGAUCCCGGAGAGUGAGGGGGAGUUGUUAGAUUCGUCGGAGUUGUUGCAUGGGUUACCACCAUCUUGGUCUGAUCCCUUUACGAUUGAACUAGAACCAGGGACGACGUCGUUAUCCAAGGUACCUUAUAGGUUGACUCCAGCAGAGAUGGCAGAGCUGAAGAAGCAACUAGAGGAUCUUUUGAACAAGGGAUUCAUCCGUCCUAGCGUUUCACCAUGGAGAACGCCAUUGUUGUUCGUUAAUAAGAAGGACUAG